ACUUUUUAUCACAUCCAAUAAUUGUGCUAACUAACAAUAUUUUAGGAAGAGUUCUCCUCAUCCCUGAAGCAUCCGGUUAGACCUUUCUUCCCCUCCCGACUCUGUCUUUUUGGGCGAUUUCUACGGUGACAAGGGGCGCAAGCCUCUUUCUUCGGCGGCAUGGCCGGCUCUAUGCCGCCGGCGAUGGACUCCUCCAUGUUUUCUCCUCUCCCUAGAGCUUCUAUCAAACAGUGGAUGCUCAUCUUCCAGCACUGGAUCCAUCUCGACCUCCUUCUUAUACGGCGAUUUUGAAGCCGGCAUCUCCUCGGACCUCCAAAAAAAAACUUCGAUGAUGUUGGGGAAGAUUAUGAGGAAUCUGAGAUCUACAAUAAUAAAUCGGGAAUUUUCUAUUCCGAGGAGGAGGUAAUUGAUAUGGAUGAAGCUUAUAAAUUUUCAUUGAUUGGCAAAUUUUCGGGCAAUAGGCCAAAACCUAUAGUAGUUUUUCAAGCUUUUAAGAACCUUGGACUUUUGAAUUUCUAUAAUGUUCGAUCUAGAUAUCUUCUUAUUCACCUCACAUCAAAUGAGGAUAUGGCAUGAAUUUGGUUGAGGGGAAUCUGGUAUAUUAGUGGUGUACCUCUGAGAAUCUUCAAGUGGUCUCCACAUUUUUCUUAUGAGAUUGUAUCCUCUGUGGUUCCGGUUUGGGUGAGAUUUCCAGAUCUUCCUAUCCACGUCUUCCACAAAAACAGUUCGUAUUCGGCCGCUAAGAUUGUUGGAAAACCUAUCAAAAUAGAUGAAGCUACUGCAGAUGGUUCGAGGAUUUUGGUUGCUCGUGUUUGUUUGGAAAUUGAUUUACUAAAACCAAUAGUGGAGGAUUUCUGGAUAGGAAUUGGCGAUGAAAAAAGGUUGCAAAGAGUGAUAUAUGAAAAGUAUCCAAAAUAUUGCUUACAUUGUUAUCAUUUGGGUCAUUCUGAUGAUGAGUGUUAUGUUAAGGGCACUAAGCCUAAAUAGGUGUGGAAAACAGAUAAGAAGAAUGCUAUGGAUGAUGGUGAAGAUUUCAGGGUUUUCCUAAAUCAAAGAGAGGUAAAUGAAAAAGAGGCAGUGAUUGAUCCAGCUCCUUAUGAGGUGAGAGAUGAAGUGGUAAAUAAUCCAGUAGUAGAAAAACAAGUAUGGAAGAAGAAGGAUCUGUUAAAUGGACAUACCACUUUAAAUGAGAAGGGCAGUGUACCUGAGAAUAGAUUUCAUCUUUUAUCUCCUUUAAUCGAAGAAGAACAGAAUAAUAUGGAAGGUUUUGCAGAGCAAGAGUUGAAUGAGGAGGAGCUUUUUGAUGAUGGUCAACAUGUCAAUAGAGAUGAGCAGCAUAGUUUUGAUUCUGUAGAUUCAGAGAUUUUGAAGUUAAAGAACAAAGUGGUUGAUGAUUUGGAAGGUCAGAAAGUUUUGCAAGUUGCUGAAUCUAAUGUUUGCAGGGGGACUUCGGUGGCUGUGGAUAAGAGAGUAAAGAAGGGACAGAACUGGAUUUCGAACAAUAAACAGAAAGUGUCAGCUGAUGAUCCAGAUUAUGUUGAUACGGGGCAAUUGAAAAGGAGCUCUUCUUUAUCUUUGGUGCCGAGCAUGGGGGUUCAUCAUAUUGCUCCAUCAAAUGUUGUUUCUAACCAUGUUUAUCGCAUUACGAGAAGUAAAACACAAGGUCAAAAGUUUCCAUUCCCUCCAUUCAUUAAUGUCAGGUUUGGGUUUCUGCGGGGGCAGGUAUUUCCCAGUUGGAGGCUGUUUUUGGGUUUUCUUAUGGUGAUCUUCUUCUGGUUUUUUGGUGUUUGGAUUUCUUGGAAUUAUGUUUCUAAAAAUAAGUGAAGCAUUUAUGAAGAUAUUAAUCAUGAUACUCAUAAUGUAUAAUGUUUACAGUGCUGGAAUUUUAUUUC